AUUUAAUCUCCCACUUUAUAUAAAAACCACCACUAGGGUUCAUCUCUGCGCAUUCUCUCACUUAGCUGAGGUUCUGCGCUUCGAUCGAGUGGUGAAAAUCUCUCUCGCUCGAUCCUAAUUUCGAAUUGUUCCUUAAGAAUCCUUAGGAAAAAUGAGAGAAAUCCUUCAUGUUCAAGGAGGACAGUGCGGUAACCAGAUUGGUUCAAAGUUUUGGGAAGUUGUCUGCGAUGAGCAUGGCAUAGAUCCAACUGGACGAUAUGUGGGUACUUCAGAUUUGCAAUUGGAGCGUGUGAAUGUGUACUAUAAUGAGGCAUCCUGUGGGAGGUUUGUUCCUCGUGCUGUGCUAAUGGAUCUGGAGCCUGGUACCAUGGACAGUGUUCGUACUGGUCCUUAUGGGCAGAUCUUCAGGCCUGAUAACUUUGUCUUUGGUCAAUCUGGUGCUGGAAACAACUGGGCCAAAGGUCAUUAUACUGAGGGUGCUGAGCUUAUUGACUCUGUUCUUGAUGUAGUGAGGAAGGAAGCUGAAAACUGUGACUGUCUUCAAGGUUUCCAAGUGUGCCACUCACUUGGUGGAGGAACUGGUUCUGGUAUGGGUACCUUGUUGAUUUCUAAGAUCAGGGAGGAGUACCCUGAUAGAAUGAUGCUCACAUUCUCAGUGUUCCCAUCCCCAAAGGUUUCAGACACUGUUGUGGAGCCAUAUAAUGCAACACUCUCAGUGCAUCAGCUUGUUGAGAAUGCAGAUGAAUGCAUGGUGCUUGACAAUGAAGCUUUGUAUGAUAUUUGCUUCAGAACUCUGAAGCUUACCACCCCAAGCUUUGGUGACUUGAAUCACUUGAUUUCUGCAACCAUGAGUGGUGUGACUUGCUGCCUCCGUUUCCCUGGUCAACUGAACUCUGAUCUAAGGAAGCUUGCUGUCAACUUGAUCCCAUUCCCCCGUUUACACUUUUUCAUGGUUGGUUUUGCUCCUUUGACUUCCCGUGGUUCUCAGCAGUACCGUGCUCUUACAGUGCCAGAGCUUACCCAGCAAAUGUGGGAUGCCAAGAACAUGAUGUGUGCUGCGGAUCCCCGUCAUGGACGUUACUUGACGGCAUCAGCUAUGUUCAGGGGCAAGAUGAGCACUAAGGAAGUUGAUGAACAAAUGAUCAACGUCCAGAACAAGAACUCAUCCUACUUUGUUGAAUGGAUUCCAAACAAUGUCAAGUCCAGUGUUUGUGACAUCCCACCUAGAGGACUUUCAAUGGCGUCCACCUUCAUUGGUAACUCCACUUCCAUCCAAGAAAUGUUCAGGAGAGUCAGUGAGCAAUUCACUGCUAUGUUUAGGAGGAAAGCUUUCUUGCAUUGGUACACUGGUGAAGGUAUGGAUGAAAUGGAGUUCACUGAAGCUGAGAGCAACAUGAACGACCUGGUUUCAGAGUAUCAGCAAUACCAGGAUGCUACUGCAGAUGAUGAAGGUGAAUAUGACGAUGAGGAGGAAGAGGAGGAUAUGCAUGCAUAAGCUUACAUGACUUUCAGAUAGGGAGCACCUGGCUCACCCUGGUUUAUCAUAUUGUUUUCCUUUUCAAUUCUGCCUUCUGGUGGAUACCAAAAAUUGCCUAGUUUUUGUAUCUACCUAAUCCUUAAUAUUGUUGACUAGUGGGGGUUAGACAAGGUUGAGUAUAUGCUGUGUUAUGUACUGUUUUAUUUGCCCUUCUUUGUUUUUCUUUAGCAUUUAUUUGUAGUUUAAGAAAUGACUUAUUGGUGUAUGCUUUGGUGUUUUCUAUUACAUGCUUGGUAUGGUGUCGUUUUCAAACUUAGAUGUAAAGGCAAAUUGGUGUUGCUGUCAUUGAAAGUCUCUUCUCAAGUGAAAUGGUAUUAUUCUGUUUUGAAGAUAAAGA